AUGUACGAUAGCAAUAUGGAGGAAAUAAUUUACAAUGAAGUGCCUCCAAAACGUGCCCCUUUGCGCUCUGCUCUUUUAGUAGCCGCCCACAUUGCCAGAGCUGCUCCUACCCCAGAAAUCAAAUUCAACACCUCUACUAGAGGUACAUUUAGUCAACAGGUCUCAGUCUCCCAAGAAUCUACUUUUGACAACGGCGCAGCUUCUUUGAACUCUGGUGGUGUCGAUCGGACUAUUCAUGUUUUUGCAGUUGAUGCCUGUGCAAGGGGAUUCGAUCUCAGUCUUGAGGACAUGAACCGCCUGACUGAUGGUCAGGCUGUGCAGCUGGGCCGAGUGGGUGCAGCUUAUCGUGCUGUGGACAAUGGUGGGUGUGGUGUUAGAGAUUGA